UAGGCUGAAACCCAAGUAGACAACCGGCAGGCAGGGAGAGACUGAGAGGCGGAUUUUUCCACUACAACACAGGAGUCAGUCAAACACACAGUAGUUUGAAGUCUUUUAGCUUUCUUACUGAUCAUUUUAUUACCCAGAUCUUUCAUAUCACUUAGGAAAAAAAAAUCUCUAUUUAAAUUCCGUGGUCUGAGACAGGGAUCUACAUUACAGCUAGAAAGAUAUACUUAGCGCGCUAACCUCCAGCUAGUUUCUAUCCUCUGUAAUUAUUAUUUUCUGGUAAAUAACUUUAAAAAUAUAUAUAUAUAUAUUUAAAAUUAAACACGUUCAGGCUGUCAACGUGUGAAGACUGGUUUGAGGAACAAUGAUGGACUUCGUUGCUGGUUGCCUGGGAGGGCAGGAUGGCUUUGGAUGAUGGGCAAUGAUUAAUGCCCAAAUUGUUUGGGACCGGACCAUCUUCAGAAAGCAUGAACAGAGCCUUGCCCUAACUCCCCGUAGCGAUGCGUAAAGUUCGCAGGCUAUGGAAAUACUGCUGACUAAUAAUUAUCCUUGCUCUGACACUGCAUGGUCACAGCAGGAAGUGAGGUGAACAGGUGACAUGUCUGUGGAGCCCCUAGGAAGAAAAGGUGCUGCUGGGGUUCUAGUAGGACAUCCUUUUGACACUGUAAAAGUCAGGCUUCAAGUGCAAAAUGUGCACAAGCCUUUGUACAAGGGAACAUUUCACUGUUUCCAGUCCAUCAUACGGCAAGAAUCAAUAUUUGGUCUGUACAAAGGCAUUGGUUCUCCUAUGAUGGGCCUGACUUUCAUCAACGCCAUUGUCUUUGGUGUGCAAGGCAACACAAUGCGUCUGCUGGGACGAGACACUCCCACAAACCAGUUCUUAGCAGGAGCAGCUGCUGGAACCAUCCAGUGUGUUAUUUGUUGCCCAAUGGAACUGGCCAAGACACGCAUGCAAAUGCAAGGCACUGGUGAAAAGAAGAAGUCCACUCUCAAGGUGUACAAAAACUCAUUGGACUGCCUGGCCCGUAUAUACCAGCGUGAGGGCGUGCGGGGCGUCAACAGGGGCAUGGUGACCACCCUCAUUCGAGAGACGCCUGCCUUCGGAGUGUACUUCCUAGUCUAUGAUGUAUUAACACGUUCACUGGGCUGUGAGCCAGAUGACUCGUACAUGAUCCCUAAACUGAUGUUUGCUGGUGGUAUGUCAGGCAUUGCCUCAUGGCUUUCUACAUAUCCUGUGGAUGUGAUUAAGUCUCGGCUCCAGGCAGAUGGUGUUGGAGGAAAAUUCCAGUACAGUGGCAUCAUGGAUUGCACACGCAAGAGCUUAGAGAAAGAGGGCUGGCGUGUGUUUACAAGAGGCCUCACAUCCACUCUGCUACGAGCUUUUCCUGUUAAUGCAGCUACUUUCGCUACCGUAACACUCUUCCUCAUGUAUGUACGGCGAGAGGAAGCUCCCAAGGAUUGUGAAGCUGACCCACAACACCAUGCUGCAUUACAGCAGCAAGCACAGCCUACCAGCAUGUAAAUGCCUCUGUUUUUAAUGCGAAAGCCAGGGCUGAGAUGCAGCUGCCCUCUGUUGGUGAAUUGCCCACCAACCAAUCUGUAGAAAUUAUAUAUAUAUAUAUAUAAUAUAUUCAAGAUAUUAUAGCGUGAAUUGGAAGGGUUCUUAACAAAGGGAUUUUGAUUGAAUAUUCCUAUAAAAAAAAAGUUUCCUUGUAUGAAUAUCUGAUGGUAGAAAUUUUAAUAAUACUGUCUAGAACCACUGUUGCAUGAGUACUUCUGCUGAUGCUGGUAUUGCACAAAGCAAUGAAAAGGCAGCAACUGCUGUAGUGAAAGAAAACCACAACAUCCUAUUAUUCCAUUAUUCAUUAUCUGUUAAAUUGUAAUGAAUUCAAAUGUAAAAACUACUUCUUGAGGUAAAGUAGUUCAUAAAUGUGAAAUACAUAUGGAAAAGUGCACUUUAGGGUUUUUUUAACUGACUGUAGAGCAUGGGCUUGUAACAAAAACAAAACAAUGUCUCUCCUUUCCAUAAUAUAAAACUGCUAAUGCACAGCUUAGUAAUCUUUAGAGGCAUAACCCCCCCCACACACAAAAAAUAACAGCAAAAGCUGCACAGCCCCUUAUUUUUAUAUAGAAUGAUCUAAUGUAGAUAAAUACUGUAUGUAUAAUCAAAUAGAUUGUCUCUUUGCACAAAUUGGCCUCAUUUAUUAACAGUAGCAAGGGUUCCAUUGGCAUUAUGUGUACUACUGUAAAAUGUACAAAUCAUAUUCUGGUGAGGGUGAAAUGAUGAUUCUGUAUCUGAAUCCUUUUUAGUUUUGCACAUGAAAGAACUGCUUUCCCCUGCUAGAGUCCAAAUGGCUAAAAAUGCCUGCCAAGUAGGCCAAUUAACAAAGUCAGUCAAAAUAGUCUGAAUGUUCAAGUUUGGAAACAGAGAGUAAUGUUUUCACAGUGUCACAUAACUGGAAGAAUCAGGUGAGCCUCAUGAGAGCCAUCAGACUUCCCAUCUUCUCACAAAAAUGGGAAAACAACCAUACUUGUUAAUGGACGCUGUGUAACGUGCAUAGUAUCAGUGUUUCAUGAACAAGAUCUCGUCUCUGUACUUACGAGUUUUCUUGUGACUUUGAGUCUCUAGUCGUAAUGCAGUCAGGUCCAUUUUGGAAUAGGAUAAUAAUUGGUGACUGACACUGAUCAUAAAGUAGCAAUACAGUCUCACCUCACUAUAGUGAAAAAUAAAAUUUUGAUAUAUUCCAAACCAAUAUAACUGGGGGAAAAUCAGAACAAUAUUGCUCUGAGAGUAAGUGUAUUUUAAUUAUUUUAAUUUAAUAUUUUAAUUUGAUUGAGUUAACUUAGGCCAAGGCUCUUCUGCAAUACCUCUGUGGCUCACCAGGGGGGCGUGGAAGUAACUGUAGAAAAGUAGAAACUCAUUAUCAAACAUGGUCUGUGAUUUCUUGCAGGUUAAAGAGAAGGAUUUCUGAAAAAUUUAUAAAAUUUAAGAAUCCAUGUCUUUUACAUGCAACAAAUUGCACAGACUGUCUUUACCAUUCAAAAUGGAUGCUUUUGGAGGUUUUUUUUUUGUAUACUCUGUGUUAUUUGUAUGUAAGACUUCUUGGUCUCUGUACAUAACCACAGUCACUGUGGUAA